AUGAGACGCGCGCGGAGUGUCACCGGGCCCCUGCGCCGGGCCCACCCCGCCUCGGGGGCCACCUGGAACGUCCAGGUGGUGAAGGGAAAAAUGAGUUCACAAUGCCUUUGGCACGCCUGUCGCGCGCUCUCCGCUGGACUUCUGCUUAUGCUUCUAGGUGCAGCCAUGGCUGUUAUAGGGUACUACGCGGACACGCUUUCUGUGGCGGAGGAGGUGCGGGGCAAUGCGACAGUGUCCGUGAAGGACGAGGCGCGCGGCUUCCAUCUCAACAACCUGUCCUACGCCGGACCCAUCGUCAUGGGCUUCGGAGGGUUCAUCGUAGUGGCGGCGUGCGUGAUGACGUUCGAGGCGCGGGACAGCGCUGCGAAGGUAACGCCGGCGCGGCCCCAGGCGCUGCCCCGGCCACUGCCUCGGCGCGGGCCCCCGUGCGCGGCCCCCGCCCGCCUCGACCAGCUCGGCAUCUACCGCCUGCCGCACGUGUUACCGCUGCCUCACGCGCCGCACGCGCCCACUCACAGAGCGCGACCACACUGCCACAAGUAAGUUUCCGGCGAGCGGGUAAAAGAUCGCACUCGGUUCGGUUCGGCGCCGGACCUCCGCAACGGUAGCGCGCGCGCGACGCCGUCGCUUACGGCGCUACGUCGCCCGCUGCGCCGCUACGCGCUCUCAGUAGACGAGCCACCACAUUCCGCUGUCAGCGCAAGCGCAGUGGAGUCGGAGUGCGGAUCGCAGUCAUCGUUAGCGUUGGAACUGCACGGCGCGGGCGGCGCGAGCUCGGGCGUGACGCUGCGCGUGCGCGACAACACGCGCGACACCACGCGACGUCGGCCGCUUGCGCGGCAACCGCGUUUGCGCGACGACUCCGCGCACCCGUCUGGAGAAAUUUUCAAUAACAUAAGCAACAUUCCGGAAAUAUCGAGGUAA